AAAGGCACCAAAUGGCACCAAACAAGUGAAAUAGAAAUAAGAUAGGGGGUUAUGUUAUGUUAUGUGGGGGGCCGGUCCGGCGGUCGCGGUGGUUGAGGUGAGAUUAGAAAAUCAAAUCAGUGUGUGGUGUUGGUUUUUUGAUAUAUAGAAAAAAUAAUAACAAUUGAUACAGUAGGCCUACUAUUGAAGUCCCUCAGUAUUUUACUUUCUUCAAAAAUGUCAUGCAUUCUUUAACUAAAAAUAAACUUAAAACCUACAAGUUUUUUGUAUCUUACAAGAUUUAUAAUUGAUCUAAAACUAACAUAAAAAAAUAAGUAACUGAAGUUUAAUUUGUCAAUAUUUUGUUAGAAGGGAGAAGGGAGCCUCAGAUAAAACAAAAUGUUCAGUGGUAUUAAAUUUUAUUUCCAUCCAGCAAAGUUCAGCAAAGGAAGACUGAAUGUGUUUACAACACAAGUAAAAAAUCAUUGUGGGAUAGUGGUUGAAUCAAGUGAGGAGGCAACUUAUGUCAUUGUGGAAGAAUCUUGUGACACUUUAUCAUUACCAACAUCACUUUGGCAUGAAGACAGAGUUCUUGGUUCUGUUUGGCUCAGCAAAUGUCUUAAGGAAAAACUUGUCGUUGAAUUUCAACAGUUUCGAAUAACCAAGCCCAGUUUAAAGCGGUUAACAAGUUCCCCCGAAUCAGCUGGAGCUGGUACAAGUGAAUCAGGAAGCAAUAAAUCACCAGAUUACGAUUCUAGAGGUCAAACAUCUAAGAAAUAUGCUUGUUCACAACCUUCUUUGAAGAAUAGUGAGGCUUGUAAUGCUGCAGUGUUAGAUCAACUACAAAAGUUAGCCGAUGUGUAUAGAGCUCGAGGAGACCAGUGGAGAGCUCAUGGUUAUGAAAAAGCUAUCAGUGCAAUUCGACGUCACGGCAAGGAAAUUACAAGCUUUGAGGAUGUUGCAUCUCUGGAAGGUGUGGGAUGUAAGAUGGCUGCCAAAGUCAUGGAGGUGAUUACAACUGGUAGUCUGAGGAAAGUAGAAGAGUUAUGUACAACAGAGGAGUCCAGAGUGGUAGACCUGUUCAGCAAUAUUUGGGGUGCUGGACCGUCCGCGGCCCACACGUGGUACACUAAGGGGUAUAGAUCUUUAGAAGAUUUAAUCAAAAAUGGAAACCUAACUAAACAACAACAAAUUGGAAUAAAAUAUUACAACGAGUUUUUAGAUCGGAUGUCAAGGAAAGAAGUUGAAGAAAUUGGACAGAAGGUUACAGAGUCAGCCAAAGAGGUAAAUAGUAGCCUGACUACUAUGUUGUGUGGCUCAUACCGUAGAGGCAAACAGACCUGUGGGGACGUGGAUGUGGUGGUGUUAAAACCACAACAGCUCAACUCUAAACAGAUCCUCACCUCAAUAUUGUCUCGGUUGAAAGACACAGUAUUCAUAACGGAUGAUUUGGUGAGCCUGGAGAAAAAUGGGAAUCAGAGAAAGUAUUUAGGUGUCUGCAAAUUACCUGGAGAUGAACAUAAACACCGGAGAUUGGACAUAUUUGUAGUGCCACAGACAGAAUCUGCUUGUGCCAUCAUGCAUUACACAGGCUCGGCUUUGUUUAACAGAUCCAUCAGACUGCUAGCCCAGACCAAGAAUAUGCAUCUAUCUGAACACAGACUGUGUGCAGGCGUUGUGAGGCAGGGAAAGGAGAUUGUAGACGAAGGCCAAGUCCUGUCCACACCUACAGAAGAGUCAAUUUUUAAACAUCUGGAUUUGGAAUAUAGACCACCUGAAGAAAGAGACCAUUAAUAUUAAUGAACUUAUCUGAAUAUGUUAAACAUAGCUUUAAUGGUGAUUAAAUAUGUUUGAGGAAAUUUU